UAUGUUUUGUCGGGGGCGUAACAUACGCCCCUUUAGGACAGUUCAUAAAAAGCGGUCAUUCUGUCGAUUAACAAUUUAGUUGUUUGAAAUUUGAGUUUGAAUAUAGAUCCUUUUACAAUGUCUACAAUUCUCAUCAGAUGUUUAGUCUUGGUGGUGUGGUUCGUGCAACUUAAAUGUCAAAGUUUUCAAAACCGCCCGAAAAUUUCAACUUUGAAUGGACAUCUUAUUCUCGAAGCAGCUCAUGAUCAGAAUAUUUAUCUGCGUGCUAAUGGACCUAAAUCAGGUAUUUUCGUGGAGGAUAUGAAUUUACUUCAUUUGAGUAUUUCAGAUAAUAGCGACCGGUAUCCAGUUGCUACAAAUGAUAACUUUGAAAAAUUCUUAAGUGGCUCUAACGGAAUUUUAAUUAGAUUAGAUAGAUUGGAACGUGAAGUAACGGCAACACCACAAGAUCAUGUUAUAAUCCGAAACAUAACACUUUUAACAAGAAGAAUCAAUAGACUGAAUAAUCGCGUAAUAACCCUCCAAAGUCAAAUAAGUAACAUGGCCAGCGACCAAUGCCGAAACAAUCCGUGUGAAAAUGGUGGUACCUGUUUGAACUUAGUGAACGGAUAUCAUUGUUUAUGUCCGCCAAAUUGGGAAGGAAAAAACUGUGAUGUUGAUGUGAACGAGUGUCGAAAUUUUGCUGGAACAGAUUUAGGUUGUCAAAACGGAGCAUCAUGCAUAAAUAAACCAGGGACAUACGAAUGUUUCUGUGCUUCGGGUUGGUUUGGAAUACAUUGUACAAGACGAGCAAAAGAUUGUUCUGCAGGAAACUUUGAAAUGUGUGGUUUUGGUACCUGUGUCCCUGUUACGAGCGGAGAAGGUAUAAAGUGCAUAUGUAAUCAAGGUUGGCAAACAAACGAUACCAGCGUUGCCUGCUUGACAGACAUAAACGAAUGUGACUCCAGUCACGGAGUCCGCUGUUCCGCCAACCCAAAAGUCGAUUGUAUAAAUCUACCUGGAUCAUUUAGAUGUGGACAGUGUCCAUCAGGAUAUGAAGGAGACGGCUUUGUAUGUCACGACAUUAACGAAUGCGAAACUAUUGCGAACGGUGGCUGCAGCCCGUUAGUGGCGUGUCAUAACACUAUAGGAUCUCGUAUUUGCGGCCCUUGUCCACCUGGUUAUCAAGGAGAUGGAACAACAUGCACUUGGAGAGGUAGUUGUAAUAUCAAUCACGGUGGUUGUCAUCCUUCUGCACAGUGUGUUGAAAGCAUGGCCGUAGUACAAUGCAUUUGCCCCCUGGGAAUGGACGGUGACGGUGUCGGAUUUCAAGGUUGCUACAUUACAACAGGAGGAAAUUCCACUCAACACUGUGAAAAUAACCCAUGUGUUAACGGUCAUUGUCAUUCAGUUCGAUCGGGUUACACCUGUUUAUGUAAUGAAGGUUACAGUGGAGUUCAUUGUGAAAUUCCUGUGGACUAUUGUUCGAGUAAUCCAUGUCAACAUGGAGGUAGUUGUAGACCAGGCGAUAGUUCUACAGGUUUCAGAUGUGAGUGUACGGCUGAAUACACAGGAAAUUUAUGUCAGAUAAAAGCUAAAUCGUGCAGUGGUGUUUUAGACGCUGAGGAAGGUAGCCUUAUAUAUCCUUUAACUAAUAGUUCUUAUGACCAUAACUCUAAAUGUGCUUGGGUAAUCCAUACGGCGAUGAACAAAGUAAUAAAUGUCACUUUCAAUAAAUUCAAUUUAGAACCGGAACCCGAGUGUAUGUAUGACUUUUUACAAAUACAUGAUGGUCGAACUUCAUCUAGUCAAUUGAUAGGUAGAUUUUGUGGAAAUGAAUUGCCAAAAGGCGGUAAUAUUAUAUCUAGCAGUAAUAACUUAUAUUUGUGGUUUCGAUCUGAUAAAACUGUUUCCAAAGAAGGGUUCUCCCUUCAUUGGGACAGCAUCAAACCUAUAUGUGGUGGUGAAAUAGAUGCUACAACUUACGGACAUAUUAAUUCACCGGGUUCACCUGGCAAAUAUCCGCCGAAUCGCGAUUGCUACUGGCAUUUGACUAGUACCUUCGGAAAAAGAAUUUUAUUACAUUUCUUCGCAUUAGAUAUAGAAUCUCACUCUAAUUGUAGUUUUGAUUACUUAGCAAUAUAUGACGGUGAAGACACUAGUAACCCACUUGUUAAAUACUGUAAUUCUACACAACCUGCACCUCUCCAAUCGUCUAGCUCCGAAAUGAUUAUACAUUUUCAUUCAGACGCAUACGGCUCUGGGAACGGGUUUCAAAUAACUUAUGCUCCUGUUGAAGGCAUACCAGGUUGUGGUGGUUAUUAUACUUUGGACAAAGGUGAAAUAGUUUCACCUUCAUAUAAUGGUUAUUAUUUAGAUAAUUUGUUAUGUGAGUACAAAAUUGUAGCAAGUCCUGACUCUAAAAUUCGAAUAGACUUUAAAUCAUUUAAACUUGAAAGUUCUGUGAGAUGCAGAUAUGAUUAUUUGAAGGUUUACGAUGGUCCAUCAACAAAUUCGAAACUAGUUGGUAGAUUUUGCGGUAGUUCUUAUCCGAAAUCGUUUGUUUCCUCAUCGAAUAGUCUGUUUAUUAUUUUCAAAUCCGACCACAGUGCGACAUCUGAAGGAUUUAAAAUUUCUUUUGAAACAAUAUGUCAGAAAAUAUUUUUCGGAGAUAGCGGUAUCAUUAAAUCGCCUGGAUAUCCCUUUAGUUAUCCUGCUAAUAAAGUAUGCGAAUAUAUUAUUGGAACUGUUCCUGGAAAAGCAAUACAGUUAACUUUUCAAGAUUUUGAUAUCGAAGAUAACUUAUAUUUCAAUUGUAAAUAUGAUAAUGUUGAAAUAAGAGAUGGCUCUGAUCGCAAUGCAACUCUUUUAGGAAUAUUUUGCGGUGGAUCGGAACAUAUCCCUCCUGUACAAACUUCCACACAUAAUUAUCUUUAUAUACGCUUCAACUCUGAUAUGAGUAUUUCGGGUACUGGAUUUUAUGCAAAUUAUACCACAAUCGAUACAGAAUGCGGCGGAAUAUACAAGGAUACCACAGGUCUAAUAAAACACCCAUCUGGAGAGGAUUCCACAUCAACUACUCGAAACAACCAAAAAUGUACAUGGGUAUUAAUCGCACCUGAAGGAAUGCACAUUAAAAUAACAUGGAACAAUUUCGAAAUCGAAAAUCAUGUGACCUGUGACAGUGAUUAUGUAGAACUUAUUGAAAUCGAUAGUAGUAAUAAUAAUGAAACUCUUGGUAAAUUCUGCGGUGUAUCACAUCCUCCAUCGUUGACUACUACUACAAAUCGCUUAAUGAUAAGAUUUCAAUCGGAUGCUAGUAUCCGAUCAGCUGGAUUUUCAUUAUCAUACACAUUUUUAGAUGAGAGAACACAUUGUGGAGCUGUUUAUGCAAAGUCCCAUGGAUUUAUAUAUUCACCAGGUUGGCCAAAGAAAUAUGAGCCUAAUCGCGACUGCACUUGGACUAUUACAGUACCCGUAGGUCAACAAAUAAUGCUUAAUAUUUCACAAUUUGAUUUAGAACGACCCAUACGCGAUAAAUGUGACCUCGGUGAUUACUUGGAAAUCCGAAAUGGUGCAACACGGAACUCCCCAUUAAUAGGCAAAUACUGUGGGAAUUUUAAAUCAAAACGUAUUAUAUCAAUGGCAAAUAAACUGUAUUUACGAUUUCACUCUGAUUACUAUCUAACAGGUAAUGGUUUUAAAAUCGAAUGGGAUGGCACAAUAACAGGUUGUGGUGGAACAUUGACCAGUCCACAAGGGACAAUUUCAUCUCCGAACUAUCCGGACGAUUAUUAUGAAAAUGCAGAAUGCUUCUAUAGAAUCGUUGCCAAUGAAGGAUCACGGAUACGAAUACGAUUUGCUGACUUAGAUUUAGAACGAAUGGCGUCUUGUAAAGACGACUACGUGGAAAUUUUUGAUGGAAGAGAUGAAAAUUCGAACAGUUUUGGAAAGUUUUGCUAUAUGAAUCCUACAUUAAAUAUCAUUGAAACUACAAGUAACACGGCAUUUAUUAAAUUCCAGACUGAUUUUUAUAUAGUUAGUAAAGGUUUUCUGAUUAAUUUUGAUACAAUUUGUCAAGCUAACAUUAGCGGCAAAUACGGUGUUAUUGAAAGUCCUGGCUAUCCGGGUAACUAUGGCACGGAUUUGAAUUGUCUCUGGACCAUUAAUGCACCCAAAGGACAUAAAAUAAAUGUAACGUUUACUCAUUUCAACAUCGUUACUUCUUAUCGUCCUUCUUGGUCUUCAAGGUUUCGACCAAAGUGUCAUUCUCAUUAUUUACAAUGGAAAGAGGGUAACCAACCAGAUUUUUCAGAAAAAUAUUGUGGUAAUUCAGUUCCACACAUUAAAAGUACACAGAGCAAUUCCCUACAAAUAAAAUUUGUAACAGGGUCAUACAGAACUCUUACAGGAUUUCGUCUUGAGUGGUUGAGUUAUGGAUGUGGCGGAUAUUAUAAAAAACGAUUCGGCUCUAUAAAUAUGGAUAGAAGAUCUACAGCUAGUGGAGAAAUGGAAUGUGAAUGGUUAAUCGAAAGUCCACUGGGUACAAGCAUUAUUAUAAUAUUUAACUCGGUAUACAUGACGGAUUCUCCCAAUUGCAGCGUAGAUUCAAUCGAAGUAUUUAAUGGUCAGACGUCUAAUUCACCCAUCUUAACUAAGUUUUGUCACCACUCUAAUGUUCACAUACAAUCUACUUCGAAAUUUAUGUUAAUACGUUUAACCAAACGUUCUAACUUAAAGGAUCUCUACUUCACAUCUACCUUUCACUCAUGGCAAUCUAGCUGUGGCGCAGAUAUUGCAGCUGCAUCAGGAUCAUUUUACUCUAAAAAUUAUCCGAAUAACUAUGACAACAAUCUAGAUUGCAUAUGGAAGAUUACGGUCCCUAUUAAUCACCGUAUUGAAUUGAAUUUCAUAGAUUUAGAUUUAUAUUAUGAAGGUGAUGAGGAUUGUAAUGAUAGAAUCAAUCUUUACUAUACUCCUUUCUAUAGAGAGACCAAUUAUACUGAAAUUAUCUGCCCUAGAACACAAACUAAACAAUUUAUAUCUAAAAGUAAUAUUUUAACUCUUCAAUUUCUUACUGACGGCGAAAACACAGCAAAGGGCUUUAAAGUCAAUUUCACAAUGAUCUGUGGUGCUAUUAUAAAUGCUACCCGAGAUGGUAUAAUAGCCAAUAAUCAAUUCUUGAGACAUACAAAUAAAAGUUGUAUAUGGACUAUCCUAGCUCCUAGGCUCGACCAAAAAAUAACUUUAACGUUAACCCAUAUGUCGUUAUCAAAAAAUUAUGAUGUGCUAUCUAACAAAAGUUGUCCAUCAACAUUUCUUCGUAUUCACGAUGGCGAUGACGAUAUGUCGCCUAUAGUUGGUGAAUUUUGUGGGCGGAAAAUUCCACCGAGUAUUGUAAGUCAUGGAUAUGCAUUGACUAUUGAACUUGGAACUUAUGGCAACAAUAUUGAAGGGACAUUUUCGGCACACUAUACUUCAUUUUCUAGUGCUUGCGGAGGCACAUUGACAUCAGAAGAAGGGGCUAUUUCUUCACCAAACUAUCCCCAUCCAUAUCCCAUUAAUACAGACUGUGAGUGGACUUUAGAAACAUCACCAGGGAACAAAGUUUAUAUAUUAUUUGAAAAUUUCAAGUUACAGUAUUCUGAAAAUUGCAACCAAGACUAUGUAGAAGUAAGAGAAAACGAUAGUGGGGGUCCACUACUAGGACUCUACUGUGGAAACGACAUACCAACGAAUACUACUUCCGCUGCAAAAUUAUACAUAAAAUUCCAUAGCGACGACCAAGCCACAAACACCGGAUUCAUGAUAAAUUAUGGUUUUAUUCACGGAAAUGACAUAAGCGGUUCAAAUGAUGGACGUAUCGCUUCACCUCUUUAUCCUUCUCUGUACGAAGGUGCUGCUGAGUAUUCAUGGCGAGUAACCGUGUCAUCUGGCACCAUCACUCUUCGUGUAUCAAGAUUACAAAUAAUGGCAUAUGGGGAUUCAUGCUCAAAUUACCUUGCCAUUUACGAUGGAUAUGAUGAGGAAGCCUUUUUAUUAGAAAACCUUUGUGGAAUAAUUAAUUAUAAUGAGAAAUCACUUCAAACUACCUCCAACGUUGUAUACAUAAAACUAAAACUUGAUUAUAGCAACACGGGCUCAUUAUUUUUCUUAGAAUGGACCAAAACUGAUAGCAUUACAAACGAUUACCCGUUCGAGAAAAAAAUUAAUUGUGGAUCAAAUCACACUCAGCUCGUCGAGCCCGGUGAAAUGCUUACUUUUACCUCACCAAAUUACCCUGCACAUUACGAUAAUAAUUUAAAUUGUACAUGGUUUUACAAAACGACAGCUGGCUAUCACUUACGUUUAGACUUUCCUAAUAUGAAGUUGGAAGAAACAUCAGGAUGUUUUGCGGAUUCGCUUUCUAUCUUUACAUCCGAUAAUUUUAAUCAAUGGCAACCUAUUAAAUCAAAAGUUUGUUUACACGCAGAUGUAGAUAAAAUAAUAAAUGCAUCGACUUACGUUAAAAUAACAUUCAAAACUGACAAUUCAAUUACUGCUAAAGGAUUUGAGGCGACAGUGCAGUCUGUCUGUGGCGGAAUAAUUACUGAUGUAUCUGGCGUGGUAAGUCCCUCUUGGUUAGAUUGGAUACGAGGUGACCACUAUUUUACUAAAUGCGAAUGGAAAAUAAAAGUUAAGCCGGGUCGAUUAAUCAAGCUAGAUUUCCUACUUUUUAAUAUCACAAACUCCUUAGAGUGCACUACUUUUGUAACUUUACAUAACGGAGAGUCCUCUGAAUCACCUUUGUUAGGCAGUGGAAAAUUUUGCGGCUUUUCACAUGAGGAUAGAAGUAUUAUGACCACGUCAAGUAAUUCUUUAGUUAUAACUUACACUACGAAUUCGCUCAUAGAAAAGAAAUUUAAAAGCUUUAAACUUUGGUAUGAAGAAAAAACAAUAGAAUGUGGUUCUACUGGCAUUCUAAGCUCUGACCACACCUGGGAAGUAAUUACCUCUCCAAAUUAUCCAUCCAUACCGAGACCAUACACUGAAUGUGUAUGGAAGUUUUCGGGUCCUCCAGGAGAAAUUUUGAGAAUAGACUUUGAUCGAAUUGAUCUAGACAAACAAGUUGAUUGUAAUUUAGAAUACAUAGAAGUGCGUGAUGGAGCUUCUGAACUAGCACCACUCAAAGAACGUUUCUGUAAUACCGAAAAUCCUGGCACUCUCAAAACCAGUAACAAUGUACUAUUUGUAAAAUAUUCAACACAAAAAGUUCCCCCGAAUAAUGGAUUUAAAGCUAAUGUCUCAGUAGAUGUUUGUGGUGGAACAAUUGUUGCCAAAGCAGGACAAAUAACAUCACCAGGAUAUCCUCACAAACCAAGACUUAAAUAUGGAUCACUUUGUGAAUGGCGCAUAAUAGGUAAUCCAUUAUACACCUUUAUGUUUCAAGCCCAAGAUAUAAAUUUGCCCGAAUCUGAGGCACCAUGUGAUACCAGAGUAACUAUUGAAGAAUCAUUCCCGGAAAAUAACACCGUAACUGUACUGAAGAAAUUUUGCAACGAUGAAAUUUUCAAUGCACAUUCUCAUGGGUUAAUUGAAACUUUAACAAACGACGUCAUUAUAAAACUUCGCAUCGGCAAACCAAGUGUAUAUACUCAAUCAUCAAAUUAUAGAGGUUUCCGUUUAACUUUUAAUUCCUCGAUACCCAAAUGUGGAGGAAUAUUCGAUACUCCUGAAGGUUACCUGUCUACGCCAGGAUAUCCAAGAUAUACGACCUUACGAUCCUGUCACUGGAAAAUUAACGUCCCAGACGAAACUCGUAGAGUGACUUUGAAGUUUAUUGAUGCUGAUAUAGAAAGGCAUAGAAUAAAUAUAUACAAUGACGAAUUUCACCGUAGCCUUAUACAAACCAUUCCCAGUGAAGACUAUUCACCAACAACACAGGUCAUAGAAUCGUCAGGUAGUACAAUGUCUCUUUAUAUUUGGUUAGAUCCUAGUAUUGGAUCACGUCACAGAUUCAAAGCAAAAUAUUCUUCCGAAAAUCCAGCAUUAUGCGGAGAGCGUUUAAUAGGCUUAAGUGGACAAUUCAUAUCACCAAUGCUUGACAGGUCUUACACAUGUAAUUGGAAAUAUAACUUUAAUAGUAUAAAUUUUGCAUCAGUCAACUCUACAGAUUUACUUGCCCGAACAAUACAUCUAAGGGUGCAUAUAAAUUCAUCAGUUACUAGUACUGUUUGUCGAUAUACGGAUCCACGAUUGACUAUAAAAUCUACAUUAAGCAACAGGGCAAUAAAAUACAACCAAAUACUAUGUAAAGAUGGCUCUGAAACCGAUUUAAGAAUCCCAUCAGAUUCAGUUAGUAUUACGGCCUUAAAAAGAAUACCCGGUUCAUUCUCUUUUAAUGUUCGCUGGAAGAUUCAACCAUGUGGUGGUGUGGUGUAUGUAACAGAAAAUCCAAUUAACAUUAUAGAAGUGCCAAAUAAUUACAACGAUUCUCUAGAUUGUGCCUGGUUACUUGUUAUACCCAUUGGUAGAAGAAUAGAAAUGAAACUAGAUGGUAUAUUCCAGUUAAAUUGUGAGGAUGAAUUUAUCACAGUUAAUUCAGAUUUUUCAACUAUUUCAAGAAAAAUUGGUGAUUAUUGUAAAGAAAGAACGCUAGAAAGUCCGAUUCAACUAAAAUAUUCCACACUUUAUAUCCAAUAUCAUACAACACCAAAAGAUGAAACAAAGAUAAAAUUGAUAGUUAAAAAUGUUGAAAAUCAGUGUGGUGGAUACCUUAUGACGUAUGAAAGUGUAUUUGAAUCACCAAAUUAUCCAAAAAGUUACUCAGAAAAUCAAGAGUGUACAUGGGAAAUAGUAACUGAUAUUGGCAGCAGAAUAUCUCUACAAUUUAUAGGCCGUUUUGCAGUUGAAUCUCGACCUAAUUGCACAAAAGAUGCUGUCAUAGUAUACAAUUGGAAGGAUAAUAAAUAUAUUGAAAUGAGUCGUCUCUGUGGACGCACGCUUCCCCCAAUAUUUAAUUCAACAUUUAACAAAAUGAAAGUGGUAUUACGUACAGACAACGAAAUCAAUCUUGAUGGUUUCCAGGCUCGCUGGUUACGUAUUUGUGGUGGCGAUUAUAACGCUACUGAAAACGAACAAUUUUUAUACAGCCCUGGUUACCCAAAUGGUUACACUGGAAAUUUGAACUGUGUAUACAGAAUUAGUGCUAGUAAAGGAACUGUCCUUUUGAAAUUUCUAGAGUUCGAAUUAGAAGGACCAUAUCCCGAUUGUAAUAACGAUAACCUUACUAUUUCAGGUGAAUCGGCUAGUGACUUCCUAUAUGAUACAACUUAUUGUGGAAAUGAAAUGCCACCUAUUAUUAAUUACGAAAAAAUUACUUUAACUUUUCAAACCGAUUAUUUUAUGAACCAAAAAGGGUUUAAAAUAUCUUACAUUUUAAAUUCAUGCGGAGGAGAAAUUACAGAACCAACGAUAAUAAAGUCGAAUCCAACUGAAUAUUACAAUAAUAAUUUAAACUGUACGUGGUUUAUAAAAGCGCCUACUGAUAAAACUGUUUCACUUAGAUUUUUAUACUUUGAUUUAGAAAGUAGUUCAGCUUGUUAUAAUGAUUUCUUGGCUAUAUACGAUGGUUUAUUGAUUAAUAAUGAGAAACGCUUAGGUUUAUUAUGUGGUGAAGGUUGUGGUGGGUAUAUCAACCUUACCACCACUUCUACAUAUAAUUUAAAAUCACCACUCAUUGGCUCUAAAUUGGUAUAUGAACAUUUCUUAGAUUGCCAUUGGACAGUAGUCGCUCCUAUGGAUCACGUUAUCAAAGUUAAAUUUACGUCAUUUCAUAUAGCUCCAUGUCAAGACGUGAACCAAACCGCUUUGGGGUAUAAUAAUUGUGACUGUGAUUUUGUAGAAUUAAUUGACGGCAUCGCACCGAAUAGUGUAAUAAUUGACAAGUUCUGCGGUCAUACACUACCACCGGAACUAGUUUCAUCUAGUAAUGGAUUAACUGUAAGAUUAUUUACAGACGGUGAAGUUAAUAGUUCUGGGUUUGAAGCUACAUUGAGCGCCCAGGAAUCAGUUUGCGGUCAAAGUUCUUAUACAGUCACUAAAUCUAUACAGCGUAUUACAUCACCCGGUUACGGAAGUGGUUCUUUACUUCGAGGAAUACAUUGUGUUUAUCAUAUCGCAACGAACACAAUGGAGACAACCUAUCUCAAUAUUAAAAAUAUUGAUUUACUACCUAGCGCUGAAAACAAAAAUCAGUGCAACAAAGAUAAAUUGAUUAUUUCAAAGUUGAGAAGAACACAAAAUAUAACUCUAGGGAAAGAUUGGACUGUAAAUAUGGAUAGUAGCUUAUUUGUUGAUCAUGCCUAUUUAUUACAACAAUCUGAAGUAUUAAAUAUCCCGACGACAUUCACCUAUUGUGGAUCUCAUAAGGCAAUUGAGUUUUAUCUUGUUGGCAGCGUGACAAUAACAUUGCUCACAUCAGCAGAAUCUGGCGAUGUCAGUCACAAGGGGUUCGAGUUAGAAUUUUCAAAAGCAGAUUACUGUGGAAGAAACUAUACUGAACCUUACGGUAGAAUAAAAUCGUUAGAAAUGUAUGAGUAUGAAUCUAAACCAAAAGAAGACUGUUACACUUUAAUAACUGCACCAGAAAACUAUACGAUAUCAGCAUACUUCUUAAGACUGUCACCGACAUAUUGGGUAGAGGCAUCUUACCUUGAAAUAUUCGAUGGCGAUAAGACCUCAGAUCGGAGUUUGAGGAAAAUUGGGAUCGAAUAUGAUGAUAUAUUAUCAGUUUCAUCCACUGGAAGACAUAUGUUGAUACAUAACCAUGUUUUUAACGAUGGCUACAUCGCUUAUGAUCUUACAUACGUUACAACAGACAAAGGUUCCGGCUGUGGAGGACUAAUAAAAAACGAAUUAGGUAGGAUUACGAGUCCGAUGUACCCAAGCGUAUACCGGCGCAGAAUUACUUGUGAAUGGGAAUUAGAGACACCGGUGCAAACACGACUGCAUUUGCAUUUUAACGUAUUCGAUCUCGGCCGGGCUUGUGAUCAGAUUUACUUACAAUUAAUUGAUAGACAUGGUAAAAUUAUAUCUACGUAUUGUUCUGAAACCCCCGCUGAUUACAUUAGUGAAGACAAUUAUGUUAAAGUUAUUUUCGUUUCGACGAUGAACAAUGGCGGUACAGGUUGGGUAGCUGAAUUUGCUGGUGUGAAACCAUUAAUAUAA